GUCUCCUCCCAAGCGGAGCGUUUGUGCGUGAACCUGCCGGGACUGCGACGGCAUCGCAGUGCUGCAGAAUCCCGGGGGCCAAGGGCGGGCUGCUUGCCGCUAUGGCUGGCAGUCAGGAUAUAUUCGAUUCCAUCGUGAUGGCGGAUGAGAGGUUUCAUGGGGAAGGGUAUCGGGAAGGCUACGAAGAAGGCAGUAGUUUGGGUGUGAUGGAAGGAAGGCAACAUGGCACGCUGCAUGGAGCCAAAAUCGGGUCUGAGAUCGGGUGCUACCAGGGUUUUGCUUUUGCAUGGAAAUGUCUGCUGCACAGUUGCACCACUGAGAAGGACAGCCGAAAGAUGAAGGUCUUAGAAUCAUUGAUUGGAAUGAUCCAGAAAUUCCCUUAUGAUGACCCUACUUAUGAUAAACUCCAUGAAGACUUAGACAAAAUCAGGGGAAAAUUUAAACAGAUGUGCCUUUCGCCUUCUGCCAUGACUGUGAGGCCUCUCCAGCUACGUAGAACUCGCCGCGGUGCAACCAGAAACACACGGACCCAGCCGCCCGCCGCCCAGACCCUCAGACUUGCGCGUCACAGGACAGACUCCACUGUGCCCCGUGCACUUGCCACCAGCCUUUGGCCUCUCGAUACACACAACAUCCAGGACUUGUGCCCUUGCCCCAUCACGACAGACAAAGCGUCCCUCAAGGCCCCCGCGUGGUUCAGACAGACGCCGCAGCCAGGAUGGUUGAGCAGCAAACAAUGUGAAAGAGAUACAGAGAAGCGAUGUGAAUAUUUCCAAACCGUGCCUGGAAGUCAACGGUAGCAGCGCAAUAAGAAAACGGGGCUGCGGCCUGUCCCCGGUGUGGGCACCGCCCCGUCCCCUCGGGAGCCUCUUCCUCACACCUCCUCCCGCCUGUCCUCCCUCACACAUCAGCCUCCACACUCUUGCCACCUCCCUUCAACACUUCCUAAAUAAAAAUUACAAGAAUUACA